AUGCCAGAAGAACUCCGCGACGCCGCGGGCACCCCCGUCCGGGGCAUCCAAGACCACGCCCUCAUCGGCAACCUCCGCACCGCCGCUGUCGUCUCCAUCGACGGCUCCAUCGAGUCCAUGUGUGUCCCCUACUUUGACUCGCCCUCCGUAUUCGCCCGGAUCGUCGACGCGGACAAGGGCGGACAUUUCUCCAUCACCCCCACUUGGACAUUCAAGACCAAGCAGGCCUACGCCCCCAACUCGAAUGUCUUGAUUACAAAGUUUCUAAACGAGGAUGGGGUGGGAGUCAUGACGGAUUUCUUGGUGCCCAAGGGGGCUAACAAGAGUGGGAGUCAGAGCAGGGCGUAUCUGCCCUGGUUGAUUAGGAAGGUGGAGAGUAUUAGGGGGAAGGUGCCGUUUAGGUUGGAGUGUGCGCCGGCGUUCAAUUAUUGCAGGGACAAGCACACGACCGAGCUCGUCGAAGACGACACAGUCUCAGACGGCCGCACCGGCACGAAAGCCGUCUUCACCGCCCCCUCUUUGACCAUGGACCUGCGCUACCUCCCCUUCUCCUCCGACACCUGCGUCUCUGACCCAUCCAUCAAGCUCAACGUCGAGUCGCUCAAGAACCGCGAAUUGCUCGGACCGUCCGUCACGUCCGAUUUUGAGCUCGAGGAGGGCCAGGCGGUCUACUUCGUGUUUAGAGAAGUGGGCAAGUGGGAGUACUCGACCGAGGAGCACCAGAAGGUCGCGAAUCCCAAUGAGAAGCGGGCGGAGGAGUUGGGCGUGCCGAUGCAGGCGUUGUUGGAGGCGAGUAGCAAGCUCCGGCCAAAGGAGAAUCCGAUUCUCAGCAAGGCCCUUCUCAAUGCCCUGCUUAGAGACACAAACAAGUACUGGCAGACCUGGAUCGCCAGGUCCAAGUACACCGGCAGAUGGAGGGAGGCGGUACACCGGUCUGCCCUUGUCCUCAAAAUGCUCGUCUUUGAAGAGACGGGCGCCAUCGUCGCCGCGCCUACUUUCUCCCUUCCCGAGCAUGUCGGCGGGCAGCGGAACUGGGACUACCGAUUCACCUGGAUCAGAGACACCUCGUUCAGUCUGUACGCGCUCAUCCGGCUCGGCUUUACCGAGGAGGCAAACGCAUACAUGGAGUUCAUCCUCGCCAGACUGCGGGAGCGCAACUCAGACGGCUCGCUCCAGAUCGUGUAUACCAUCCACGGUGGGAAAGACCUCGAAGAACUCACCCUGGACCACCUGAGCGGACACAAGGGGUCCAAGCCCGUCCGGAUCGGGAAUGGAGCGGCGGACCACAAGCAGUUGGACAUUUACGGAGAGCUCAUGGACUGUAUCUACCUCGCUCAGAAGUACUCCAAGCCCCUUCACUGGGACUCGUGGGUUGCCGUGAGGCAGGUAGUGGACUUUGUCUGUACACAAGUGGGCACGACCGAUCUUUCCAUCUGGGAAGUCCGAGGCGAAGAGAAGCACUUCCUCUACUCCAAGGUCAUGAUGUGGGUCGCGAUCGACCGCGGGCUCCGACUUGCCGACAAGCGGAACUUGCCCUGCCCGAACCGGGCCAAAUGGCUCGAUACGCGCGACAAGCUGUACGAGGAGAUUCAGGACAAGGGGUUCAAUAAGGAGAAGGGGCAUUAUUCGCAGUGCUAUGAGGUGCCGGAAAGUCUGGAUUCGGCUGUUUUGAUCAUGCCCCUCGUCUUCUUCAUGGACGCCUCGGACCCCCGUUUCCUCUCUACUCUGGACCAAAUCCUCAAGACGCCCGAGAAGGGCGGUCUGACCGCCAACUCGUCGGUGUACCGAUACAAUGCGGCGCAGUCGGACGAUGGGGUCGGAGGAGAGGAAGGCGCGUUUAGUUUGUGCACGCUUUGGUGUGUUGAGGCGAUGACUAGGGCGGGGGUGCAUGACAAGAACUAUUUGGACAAGGCAGUCAACAUGUUCAUGGACUUCCUCGGAUACGGAAACCAUGUUGAGCUGUACAGUGAGGAGAUUAGUGCAGGAGGCGAAGGGCUCGGCAACACACCCCAAGCAUUCUCUCACGUCACUCUCAUCUCGGCGGCGUUCAACCUGGAUAGGGCGCUCGGGGCGUAA